GAGAUGGCGGAGUUCUUUGAGCGCAACGAGUGCGCGUCGGGCGUGCGCGAGUGCGAGAAGUACAUGGCGGUCGCCAUGGACCACCUCGUCGACGAGUUCCGCGACGCGCUCGUCAAGAUCAGCAAGCCGUUGCCAGCAGCCAUGCUGCGCGAGGUGGCCAUGUCAGCGCACGCAGGCCGCCUCGUGGACCAGCACCAGGGCGGCGCCGCUGCUGCCGCCGCCGCCGUGCUGGCAGGCGCGGCGGGCCCCGGCGUGCCGCGCACGUCCACGGGGUCGUCGUCUGCGUCGUCGCACCUGCCCACCUCUCGCUCGCGCACCGCCAACACCACCUCCUCGCCCGACUCAUCGGGGUCGUCGUCCCCCGUGGGGGGCGGGUCUGCCAUGGCGCACGUCCGGUGUCGGCCGCCACGCACCUGGCGCUGCAGGACUGGCUCAAGGUGUCGGGCGGAGGCCAUUCAGCGGAGUGUAGACGCGCUGGACAUCAAGAGAGUGCUGACGACAUCACUGGAGGAGAUGACGUGGCAGCAGCUGGAGGCGCUGUAUGAGGGAUGGGUCACGGACAUGCGAGCCAUGUUUCCUCCUUCUCACUCGCCUCUACUUCUCCUCCCUCUCACUCGCCUCUACUUCUCCUCUCUGCAUGUCUGCCACUCACCACUGCCGGUUGUUGGUGCUGCGGGCAGUGAGCGCGUGCUGUGUGACGAGAUAUUUGACUCACUCGAGCCCGACAGAGAGCUCUGCUACCUCUCCCUCAUUCAGGUGACCCCUGCUUCCUCCCACCUCAAUCUCUUCGCAAGCCUGUUCCAGAUGUCUCCCCACCAUUGCGUUCGCCUAAGUCUCCUUAUUCACCUUAAACAAGCCCUAUCCCUCCUUCCCCCGUUCCGCCUCUUCCCUCCCCCUGCGCGCAGGCAGAGUGGGUUGGCGGCGACGGUGGAGGCGGUGGUGAGCAACGGGCGGGUGGUGGCGUCGGGGCGCAACCACACCGGAGCGCCUCUUUGCGCUGCUCGACAUAUAGAGGCGGUGGUGUCGGUGCCGGGGUUUGGCAGUGUGCUGCGCGAGAUGGAGCGGCUGCCGCGUGACCUGGCGGGGGGCGGUGAUGGACACCAUCGGCGAGUUCAAACGCGUUCUCGGGAGCCGCCCGCCCACCACCAGGGCGCACAGCCAGGACAAGAAGAAAGGUGCGAGUGCGAGCAGUGGGGCGGACACGGGGCCGGUGGAGGAGAUGGAGGUCGCCACGGCGCCACGCACCACCCUCACCUCCUACGUCGUCAACUACAUGACAACCUCCUCGAUAAGUGCGUUGUGGAAUCGAGUGUGGUGCAGAUGAAACGAGCAAUCUGGUAUGUGAGAAUGGAUAGGAUGGAUGCAACGCAUGGAUGUACAUGCACGGUCGUGAGCAGGCAGAGCAAGCGCAACUACCCGGUGACGUUGGAGUAUCUGCUGCUGGAGUACGGCCGCAGCAUCACCUCCACCGGCCCGCCGACGCCACGGCAGCGGCGCCUCAUCACGCGCAGCGGCCCGCAGUACAAGACGCCCUUCAGCGGCGCUGCUGUGGAGCGCCGGUCGGGGCGCGGUGGGGCCAGGCAGCGCUGGGGCAGCGUCGGACGGCAAGCUGUCAGCGGUGGCGGAUCUACCGAGUGGAAGGAGGGGCAGAUGCUGGACAAGUACAUGAUCCACUUCCGGGAUGCCAUAUCGCACGCACUGGAGGAGACAGCAGUCACGGGGGGGCUGCUCAAGUCAGUGAAUGAGCACACGGAGGUCAAGGCCAAGUUGAAGAAGUUCAACACAGCGUUUGAGGAGCUGGCGAUAAAGCAGGCGGGGUGGAACAUCCCCGAUGAGGACCGCCGCAAGAAGACCCGCAGCAGCGUUGCCCGCCGCCUGCGAGAAAUCUACUCCGCCUUCCUGCUGCCCUACAGGGAGGAGCUGUGUGAGUUCAAGACGUACCGCUAUUCACCGGACGCCAUAGAGCGCGUCGUGCUCGACUACUUCUUCCUCGCCACUCCCUCCAGAGGCCUCCCCAUCUCCUUCGGAUAG